AGUGUUUUUGUGGAAGAGACAGCCCACACUGUGCUAGCAGCGAGCGAGGUUCCCCCACUGAGAGCUCAGCUGAAAUCACUGAGAGCUGGUGGAACCUCAAGAGACCAACUCACAGAGGUCACCGUGGCAGGUGGCAGCAGAAGGUGACUGCGCAGGGCUAUUGGCAACAGAGCGGUGGAGUGAACAGUGGCACAACGAACAGACGUGGCCAGAGUGAACAGUGAGCAGCUGGAGGAACAAGCCAGAUGCCUUCUUGCCCCCCACCUGGAAGGUGUACUCACGUGAAAGCACCUCUGAACUCUGAGUCUCCACUGACCAAGGACAACACCGAUCUGUGGUAAGAGCAACUGAGCCACCACCAAAGGCUGCCAUGGCUGGUAGACUCUCCAGAGCAGAAAUUGAAGAACUGAAGGCCAUUGUUGUGAAUGGAAACCUCACGGCAGCAGCUGCUAAACUUCAGGAGAAGCUGGAAUCAUUAGAAAACACCCCACUGGACAUCGCCAUCACAGGAGAGUCAGGUGCAGGGAAAUCAUCCCUCGUCAAUGCCAUCCGGGGCCUGCAUGAUGAUGAUGAAGGAGCUGCUAAGACUGGGGUGAAACAAACAACAAUGAAGCAAAAGGCUUAUCCACACCCCAGAUUCCCAAAUGUGACAAUAUGGGACCUGCCAGGAAUUGGGACACCCAACUUUCAGGCAGACAAUUACCUUAAUCAGGUACAAUUCAACAACUACGACUUCUUCAUUAUCGUCACUGCUACGCGCUUCACUUCCUACCACACCACCCUGGCCCGUGCCAUUCACAGGCUGGGGAAGAGGUUUUACUACGUGCGCUGCAAAGUGGAUAUUGACUUGAAGGCUGAACAAAGGAAAAGGAAUUUCAACAGGGAGAGAACCCUGCAGGAGAUCAGGGAGGACUGCGUAGAGAAGCUGAGAGAAGCAGGCGAGCCCCUCUCCUGCAGUGACCCCUCUCCUGCAGCCAUGCCGCCACUCAGCACCAUGGCUCUUGAUGGGUUCAGAACCGCUAUCCGUCAUGGGAACCUGACAGAAGCGAUUUCUAUUGUGCAGCAGAGAACACCACAGUGGUUUAACAGCCACACCCUCAGCAUUGCUGUUACGGGGGAAUCAGGCUCCGGGAAGUCCUCCCUCAUCAACGCCAUGUUGGGGCGACAUGCUGGUGAUGAAGGCGCCGCUGAAACCGGGAUGCUCGAUACCAUGAUGGAGCCGAUGGCUUAUCCAGAUCCCUUCCUUCCAGGCAUCACAUUCUGGGACAUGCCAGGGAUGGGGACAGCCUAUUUCCCUCUAAACACCUACUGUGAGCAGCUCAAUUUGAGCCGAUUCGAUUUCUUCAUCAUUGUCGGCUCCCAGCGCUUCCGCUCCGAACACGCCAGGCUGGUCUGUGAGAUCCAGAGAAUGGGCAAGAGGUUCUACUUUGUGCGCUCCAAAGCCGACAUGGACCUGGACGCUUCCAGGAGGCAGCGUCCCUCCAGCUACAACGAGGAGAGGAUCCUGGAGCAGAUCAGGGAGGACUGCAGGGGAGGCAUAGCAGCUGAAGGAGUGGACCACCCAAAAGUUUUUGUCGUGUCCAGCUGGGAACCCAACCGCUACGAUUUUCCCCUCCUGCGGCAAACUUUGCAGACGGAGCUGCUGCACCUGAAGAGAGACGCCUUCCUGCUUAGCCUGACUGCUGUCGCCUCGCCCAUCAUCAACGAGAAAAAAGCCACCCUGAAGGGGGAGAUUUGGAAAACAGCCCUUUUCUCAUGUCUUCUCGCUGUCAUUCCUAUCCCAGGCCUCGCUUUCUUGUGUACCUUCUUCAGCUUCAAGAAACACCUCUUCCAAUACUACAGCAGCUUCGGAGUGGACGACAGGGCCCUUUCUGCUCUCGCCCGGCAGGUUGGGAAUCCCGUGUGGGAGCUGACAGCUGUGAUGACGUCCUUGGGAACGACCCCCAUGACAGCUCUGAAGCUGUUGGCGGAUUCGGUGGGGGCUGCCGUGAUGGUAGCGGAAUAUUCGUGGAAGCGCCUCCCGGUAUUUGGUGCCAUGGUGUCUGGAGGGGUGGCGCUGGUUACCACGUACUUCAUGCUGCGGAAGUGUUUGGCCUCUGUAGCUGACGACACCCAGCGGGUUCUGAGCAAAGCUCUGGAAGCAGAAAGGGAAAAAGCCAUCUAGGAUUUGGUGUUGCGUUGGCUGAGCCUGCUGCUGUCUAGAAGAUACAGCCUUGGACUUCAGGCAGGGAAGAUUCAUGCUUCCCCAUCCAGGAGUUGCAUGUGUAGGCCAAAAACCUAGUGGGAAGAAAUUGCCUCAAGUAAAAUUUUGCUUAUUUUGCCUUAUUCUCCAUUUUGCCAGCUUUGAAUUAGUACAAAGAAAUUGUUCUGAGUUUAUUUUUUGCUGAUUGUGUUAACAUUUGUUCUUAGAAGGAUCGAAGUUUUAUGGCCGUAAGUUCUGUUUGGUGUGAGUGAAGAAUGGAUGGUAAUUAACUGAGAAAGGACAACUGGGCCGGAUGGUCAAGAAGGGAGUUGGAGUUAGGGUGACCAGACAGCAAGUGUGAAAAAUCAGGACAGGGGGUGGGGGGUAGUAGGAGCCUAUAUAAGAAAAAGACUCAAAAAUCGGGACUGUCCCUGUAAAAUUGGGACAUCUGGUCACCCUAAGUUGAGGAGUCGAUAGACACCAACUUUACAAUCAAUCACUCGGAUGGCAGAUUGACGACCCUAAAACAAAGGCAGACGCCCCAAGGAUGAGAAAAGGAGUUGAGCCACAGGGACAAGAUAAGAAACAGCUGCGGAUCCUUCCAGUAACAACUCAAAAUAAUGCUAAUUAAGAGCAACCUUGAAUACCUUGUGAUUGACAGCCCCGGUGUGACACAGCAAGUUCCAUAGACUUGUCUGGGAACUUAUCACUCCAAAAGACGGGUGUAUUGCCAUGGGACUUUGGGUUCGUUCUGCAUCAACAUCGGAGCUUCGAACACAUUUGACCAGCUCCCC